AUGUCCGAUGAGAUUGUGAAGGUGAGGCGUAACUAUUUGAUCCCCCCCCCCCUUUAAUCGCAUCUUGUAGCCCCCUUUGGUGGUGGGCGAUAACAAUGAUAAGAGAUAGAUCCCAUAAGAAUUUGCAUAGUACACACACACACACACAGUCCUGUCUGACGGACCGUUCCCGAAAUGAUUGCAAAAAUCACGUAAACUAGGCGAAUGAGCGAUUCGCCAAACGCGGGCGACGACAAACCGCGAAACAUCGAUCAUCAGAGAAGUGAAAUUAUGAUUUGGAUUCUGAAUACCCUUUCUCGUCAUCAUUUUCUCACCGUGACGUACUUUUGAGAAACGCAACUCGGAUGGUUUUUCAGAAGCCGGCGGUGCCGAUGACCGCGUGGACGGAGAUGCGCAUCGACGAGGUGGAGACGAUCGACAAAAAGUGAGAAAAGAGCAGAAUCGAAAAGGAUCUGGACCAUUUCUUUUUAGGAUCGGCCGAAAAUGGAGCUACAUAAAGAAGAAGUUGGAGAAGUUUGAGAAGGAGAAGAGGGAGAAGGAGAAGGAGACGAAGGCGUCGGAGGAGAACGAAAGUAUGGAUGGCGAGAGCGAACAGGACGAGAAGGAUCAGAUCUCCAGCCCGUAAGUGUUUUGCUCGCCCUCACCGCAACCCUAACCCAGGGCCAAACAUCACUUCCAAGGCGAUAAUCUUCUGAUGAUCCUCCUCUUUUUAAUCAUUGGUCGCCUAUUCUUCGAACGUGACCUUUACAUGUUUCCAGAUCGCCACUGGCACGCCGUCUGAAACAGAAACGUCUCGAGGAGGGAGAGAAUCGCGGAAGUCUCCUUCAUCGUCGUCGUCGUCAGCCACAGAAAUAG